AUGUUGACUCCAUAUGUGGACACAUCACCAACACAUCAUCUACCCCCGGGAGCUUUAAAACUGAGCCCCCCUCACCAUGGAGUAGAGAACAGCCUUCAACACCAGGUAUCCCAGACUCCAGGAUACGGGCUUCCUCAAUCCCACGUCGGUAGUUACACUGCAAGGGAUUUUCUGUUACGAAGACCUGACAUUGGCUUGUCCGAGUCCGGGACAACGGGACAUCCGGGUAUGUUUGUUCCGUCCUCUGGAAGUUUCCACUCCGCUCAUCAUCCAGAUCCCAGUUCUAACCACGUUCUGUUUCCUGGCCUCCAUGAUGCUGCAACACAUCACAAUCCCGGUCACCAUGUCAACAGCGGCAUGCGUUUUGGUGCUACAGAUAUGUACUCACGUACGGAACAAUUUAAUCACAUGACCGGACCACGGGCGGACCAUUUUGGGACCACACAACCCUUUAACGUUAAUCCCAUGGGUGCUAUGAACCACAUGAGUCCCCACGGACCCGGGGCGUUCUUCAGGUACAUGCGACCCCCGAUAAAACAGGAACACACGUGUCUUUGGAUAGAUCCCGAGGGGCCGGACCCGAAAAAACCCUGCAACAAAGUCUUCUGUACCAUGCACGAGAUUGUCACACACAUUACCAUUGAUCAUGUUGGGGGACCCGAGCAGACGAAUCACAGUUGUUUCUGGCAGGAGUGUGCACGUGAGGGAAAGCCCUUCAAGGCCAAAUACAAACUUGUAAACCAUAUCCGAGUCCAUACAGGAGAGAAACCAUUUCCCUGUCCAUUCCCGGGAUGUGGUAAAGUGUUUGCCCGCAGUGAGAACCUCAAGAUUCACAAGAGAACACACACAGGGGAAAAACCAUUCAAGUGUGAGUUUAUCGGAUGUGACCGGAGAUUCGCAAAUAGCUCCGACCGGAAGAAGCACAGCCACGUACACACAAGUGACAAGCCCUACUACUGUCGCGUGAGAGGAUGUGACAAGAGCUACACGCACCCAAGCUCUCUUCGUAAGCACCUUAAAGUUCAUGGGAAGUCGUCUCCACUUCCGGAAGGAUUCGACAGCGAUCUUGAAGACACGAGCAUGGACAGUGCCGGAAGUGAAAUGGAAAACACCGUCCCGAGUGCAAAAUCUAUCAAAUCCGAACAACGAUCACCAGUUACCUCCCCUGAACUCUCUGACACUCGUUCUACUGGAAGUGUACAUCAGCAACAUCAUCAAACGUCACCCGUUGUGUCUAGUCCGUCACUUCCGGUUUAUCCAAACGCGAGCCUACCUCAUUCUCAUCAUUCUUCGUCGAGUUUCAGUGAUUGGUAUAUUUGUCAGAACAGUGCAGCCCCAACUUCUGACCACUUAAACAUGAACUCAUUCAGCCAUUUACAAUCUCUUCACCCACAACCUCUUUUACAAUACACGUGA